AUGGAAGGCUAUGCUGGUGGUUUUUGCUCUCCCUUCCAUCAAGCUUCUCUUUCAAAGCCUCAUGAAUGGUUGAGAGGUAUUAUGACUCGUGAAAAUUAAGCUAACUAUCUUUUCUUUUUUUUUUCUAUUUUGAUUUGUCAUAUCAUCUUCUCCUUCUUCAUUUCUUGCAAUUAAUACACAUUGUUGACAUGAGAGAUGAAAACCUUGGAAUCCAUAUAGUCUCAAAAGAUAGAGUACAUGACUCUUAUAUAGGAGAGAGGAGAGAUGAGAGAGAGAUAGAUAAUGGGCCAUAGUAGACCUGGAGUCUGAUACUACUAUCGAACACCUCCUUUUAAGUGGAGCAUAUAAGUUAAAUAUGUUCAACUUGGUACACGUGGCGUUGUAGGAGAUACUGGCUAGACUCUUCAUAAAGAUGUCUACAAGUUGAUGAGAUGAUGUUACAUGAGGAGUAAAGAUAAGUCUAAAUAUAACCUUAUCUCGAAUGUAGUAAUAGUCGAUCUCAAUAUAUUUCGUACGCUCAUGAAAGAUGAGAUUACUAACAAUAAAGAUGGCAGCUUGAUUGUCGCAAUACAUAGGUAUUAGGGAGGGAGAAACAAUGCAGAGAUCGUCUAGAAGUGAUCAAAGCCAUACCAUUUUCUACGUUGUCUCAAUCAUGGCUUGAUACUCAUAUUCUGUACUGGAGCAAGACACCACACUCUAUUUCUAGGACCGUCAGGUGACUAGGUUACUGCCGACGUAUGUGUAACAAUCUAAGGUAGACUUUCUGUUGCCCUUGUCAGUUGCAUACCUAGUGUCAGAGUAAGCUGUAAUGUAGAGAUGGCCGUGUCGCCGAUAGAUGAUCCCUUUCCCUAGAGAUCAUUUGAUAUAAGUGAAGACUCGUAGAGCUCCCUCCCAAUGAACUCAUUGAGACUCUUACAUAGACUGGCUCAAGACACUAACCAUGUACAUGAUGUCAAGGCGAGUAAUAGUGAGAUAUAUCAACUUGUCUAACAAUAGUCGAUACCGGUUAGUAUCCUUGAGUAAGGGAGAUGAAGUGUCCUAGAACUAGGGGCGAGCUUCCAUGGAAAGUCUCCAGCUUACACCUAAGGAGACUUAUCUCCUAAAGUAUGUUGAGGGCAUACUUCUGUUGAGUGAGGGUGAGCUUCCCAUCUUGAUAUGCAAACACAAUCUCAAAGAAAUACCAUAGAGUCUCCAAGUCAUGAAUGCUGAAGUGUUGCUGCAAGUAAGCUUUAAUAGUAGAGAUGUUGACCUCAUCACUUCUAGUCACAAGAAUAUCGUUGACAUAGACUGCAAGGAUGACAAGGUUGUCCUCUGUCUUCUUUGUGAGCACGGUGGGGUCCACAGUACAAGAGACGAAGUUGAAAGUGAUGAGUAAACCACUAAAUUUGACGAACCAAACACGUGGACUUUACUUGAGCCCAUAAAUAGUGAUGGCAAGCGGGACCCGUCUCCAUCAGCUCAGGAGACACCGGCAGUCCGAGUUCAGCCCGAUCGAUGCACGAAGACGAAAGAGCCUGGCUUUCACUACACGGCCUAG